AUGGAUUGGAGCAUGUUAGAUGCAGCCAGUGGCGGCGCUCUGGUGAACAAGACCACAGACGAAGCCACGUUAUUGAUCUCCACCAUGGCUGAAAAUUCCCAACAAUUUGGAGUGAGAGCUGAUGGAGCAAUAAGAAGGGUCAAUGAAGUGAAUCACUCUGACUUAGAAGGUAAACUAUCUGAGCUUACCUCUCUGGUGCGUCAAAUGGCAAGGGGGCAAUUACAAUCUGUGAAGACUUGUGGUAUCUGUGCUGCUCCCGGAUACAUGACUGACAUGUGCCCAACUCUCCAGGAGGAUUCACCUGAACAAGCCAAUAUAGUGGGAGAUUUUUCUGGACCACCUCCACGAAGGAAUGAUCCUUUUGCACCCAAUUACAACCCAGGGUGGCGAAAUCAUCCUAAUUUUAGCUAUGCUUCAAAACCCCCUGGUUUUCAACAACAUUUUCAACCACGGCCACCAGUGCAACAACCAUCCACUUCCAAUUCAAACAUGUCUCUUGAAGAUAUGGUGAAGUCACUGGCCCAAAGCACGAGUCAAUUACAGCAAGAGGCUCAAAAAUCUCAACAGGAAUCUCACAGAUCUCAACAAGAGACUCGUGCUAGCAUUAGGAAUUUGGAAGCACAAAUGUCCCAAUUGGCAACUUUCAUGAGCAACCUGGAAAAUAGCAAUAGAGGGAAAUUACCAUCUCAAGUAAUUCCUAAUCCCAAGGAGAAUGCCAGUGCAAUGCAAUUACGGAGUGGCAAGGAGGUACAGUCUCCUAGGCGUGCCCACGCCAGAGAAGAAGAAGUGCCCAGGAAGGUGGAAGAGGAAGAAGAGAAACAAUCCUCUGAAAUCUCAAAGAAAGUUGACAUUCCUCUUCCUUUUCCUAGCAGGUUUACAAAAGCUAAAAAAGAAGAAUCUGAGAAAGAGAUUUUGGACACCUUCAGGAAAGUGGAGAUCAAUAUUCCUUUGUUGGAUGCUAUUAGGCAAUUGCCUAAAUAUGCUAAAUUUUUGAAGAGCUUAUGCACUAAUCGCAAUAAGUUGAAUCUGGAUGACAAGGUGAAGGUGGGGGAGAAUGUCUUAGCGAUGUUUCAAAGGAAGUUGCCCCAGAAAUGCAAGGAUCCAGGUAUGUUUACUAUACCAUGCAUAAUUGGCAAUCAAAGAAUUGAAAAAAGCAUGCUUGACUUAGGUGCUUCAAUAAAUGUCAUGCCUCUUUCAAUUUUUAAAGUUUUGAAUUUAGGAUCCCUCAAAGAAACUAGGGUAAUCAUUCAACUAGCAGAUAGGUCUAAUGUCUACCCUGAGAGCCUAGUUGAAGAUGUUCUAGUAAAUGUCAAUGAAUUCAUUUUUCCUGUGGAUUUUUACAUUGUUGAUAUGAAUGAUGAAUACUCUACUAAUUCAGCAGUGAUUCUUUUGGGUAGACCCUUCAUGAGUACAGCAAGAACUAAAAUAGAUAUACAUGAAGGAACUUUAUCUGUGAAAUUUGAUGGAGAGAAGGUCAUGUUCAAUAUUUUUGAUGCAAUGAAGCAUCCUGUGGAUACUGAGUCUGUAAAUUUUGUUGGCAUGACUAACACCAUUGCGCAAGAGAAUUUUGAACAGAAUUUCAUGGGGAACAAGUUGGACUUUGUCUUACAACAAGGCAAGACCAAUUUGGAAGUGGACGACAUGGAGGAGGAGGAAGUCAAAGAAGCUAUCAUGUCCUUACAUUCACUACAUCCGCUUCCAGGCAGGUUUGAAAAUUCUUUUCUACCAUUACCAAUUUCUAAUGAAAGAAUUCUACCUUCUGUUCAACAGGCACCUAAUGUGGAAUUGAAGGAACUGCCCGAGCAUUUGAAAUAUGCUUACUUGGGAGAUAACAAGACUUUGCCUGUAAUCAUUGUCAAUGAUUUAACUGCGUUGCAAGAAGAGAGGCUCUUACGGGUCUUACGGAAAUUUAAACCAGCAAUUGGAUGGACGUUAGCAGACAUCAAAGGCAUCAAUCCAUCCAUUUGCAUGCAUCACAUCCUUUUGGAGUCGGACGCAAAACCCGUGAGAGAGCAUCAACGCAAGCUCAAUCCAGCAAUGAAGGAGGUGGUGAUGAAAUAG